AAGACACGCCGGAGUUCGAUAGCCGGAGCGCCACCGCCCCGCCGCCGACUCCUCUUCCGGCCACUACGGCUCCUCCGCUUGCCAAAUGCCAGGAUGACGCCCGCGGAACCCGCAUCUCUGCUGGAGUGCUACGCCAGCGGGGAGGACGAUUCCCCCGACGAGGCGCGGGUGUCGCUUGAGACGGCGGCGUCCUCGGCGGAGUCGGCCGCGGCCCCAUACGUCGGGCAGCGGUUCCCGACCCACGACGCGGCGUACGUGUUCUACAGCGGCUUCGCGCGGCGGUGCGGGUUCUCGAUCCGGCGGCACCGGACGGAGGGGAAGGACGGCGUGGGCCGGGGCCUGACCAGGCGCUACUUCGUGUGCCACCGCGCGGGGUCGGCGCCGGCCAAGCCGCUCGCCGGCGCGCCCAGAUCGCAGCGGAACAGGAGCUCCUCGCGCUGCGGGUGCCAGGCGUACAUGCGCAUCGGCAGGGGCGAGGCCGCCGCGGGGGCGCCGCCGGAGUGGCGGGUCACUGGGUUCUCCGACCACCACAACCACGCGCUCCUGGGGCAGGAUAAAGUGCGCCUCCUGCCGGCGUACCGCGUCAUCUCCGGCGCCGACAGGGACCGGAUCCUGAUGUUUGCCAAGGCCGGGAUCUCCGUGCAGCAGAUGAUGAGGAUAAUGGAGCUGGAGAAGUGCGUCGAGCCUGGGAGCCUACCCUUCACGGAGAAGGAUGUGAGGAACCUCAUGCAGUCCUUCAGGAAGGUCGAUCAUGAGGAGGACGAGAGCGUCGAUCUGCUUAGGAUGUGCAAGGAUUUCAAAGAGAAGGAUCCCAGUUUGAUGUUUGAAUUCACCAAAGACGUGAACAAUCGUCUACAGAACAUUGCCUGGACAUAUUCGGCUUCGGUUCAGGCUUACGAGAUGUUUGGUGAUGCUGUUGUGUUUGACACCACUCAUCGGUUAUCUGCACUCGACAUGGCGCUUGGAAUAUGGGUUGGAUUGAACAAUUAUGGAAUGCCUUGCUUCUUUGCUUGCGUGCUUCUAAGGGAAGUGAAUCAGGAAUCAUUUGCAUGGGCAUUGCAGGUAUUUCUCAACUUCAUGAACAGAAAAGCUCCACAGAUGAUAUUGACUGAUCAAAAUAUGUGUCUCAAGGAAGCAAUUGAAAAGGAAUUUCCUAGCACAAAGCAUGCCCUUUGCAUAUGGCUAAUUGCAGCCAGGUUCCCAUCUUGGUUGAAUGUAAAUCUUGGGGAGCGUUACAAUGACUGGGAAAAUGAAUUCAGUAGGCUGUGUAACAUGGAGAACACAGUGGCCUUUGAUAUUGGGUGGAAUGACAUGGUGAACUGCUACGGACUUCAUGGAAAUAGGCAUAUUGCUAGUCUGUUUGCAUCAAGAAAUCUCUGGGCAUUGCCUUAUUUGAGAGGGCAUUUUUCUGCAGGGCUGACUGCUUCUCCAUCUGUUUCCAAGUCAAUAAAUGCCUUCAUUCAGCGGUUCUUGAGUAUUCAGACACGACUUGCCAACUUCAUUGAACAGGUUUCAGUAGGUGUUAACUACAAAGACCAAGUUGGGGAACAAGAAACGAUGCAGCAAAAUUUGCAGAACAUAAGCCUGAAGACAGCAUCUCCAAUUGAAGGCCAUGCUGCUGCACUUCUCACCCCCUAUGCUUUCUCUAAGCUACAAGAUGAGCUUGUUGAGGCUGCCCACUACGCAUCGUUCCACUUGGAAGAGAACAUUUUUCUUGUCCGACACCAUACUGAGGCGGUGGGUGGGUAUAGCGUCACAUGGAACCAAAGGGAGGAGCUCAUUUCUUGCAGCUGCCAAAUGUUCGAGUGCUUAGGGAUCCUCUGCCGGCAUGCCCUUCGCGUGCUCUCAACACUGAACUAUUUGCAGGUCCCAGACACUUAUCUUCCUGUCCGAUGGCGCAGGAUUCAGACACCACCUUCCAAGUCCUUGAAUGGAGCUCCCCCUCAGUCGCAGCGUGUAGCAUCUGGGAGAGUGGGAGCGUUGCAAUCCUUGGUCGCAGCGCUGGUGAGUGAGGCAGCCAAAUCGAACGAGAGGAUGGAUCUUGCAACACAUGAGGCCUCUGUUCUCCUGUCCAGAAUAAAGCAGCAGCCUGUUUCGAUGCAUGUUUCAGGUGAACAUGCUCCUAGGCUGCAGUAGGCCAGUAGCUACACCAUUAUUGCAUUUUGCGCAGGCAAUAGUGAUUAUUAACAACUAUAAGUAGCAGACUAGCAGUAGUUGGCAACAAGAGAAAUAUGGAAUCGAUGUGAUGUGAUUCUGUUCUAGAUGUGCAUUUUCGUA